AUGGAUAUUACCAACGCUCAAAAUACAUCUGUUGAAAAUAGUAAAAACCCUUCUUUUGAAGAAAAUGACCCUAAUGUUGUGAACUUAACUAAAAAGUAUCAGAUACAAGAGGAAGAUUUGUAUUCACCUGACGAAGAUGAUAGUGAUUCUGAAGAAUCCAAAACGUUGACGAUUAAGCAUAGCAUCCUUUCUCUUAAGAGAUAUUACGAAUACACUCAUAAAUUUCCUGACCCCAAGUAUAUGUUCGAUCUUAAAGCAAAAGGGCUCACUACUCCUGAAAAAUUCGUUGCAUGGUGGAAUGGGAAUAAUCCUGAUUUUCAAAUUACAGUUGAUUCAAUCGAGGAAUGGACCUAUCGCGAAGAUGAGAACCCCUCCCGCUAUAAUUGUCAUUGGGGAGAGUAUGGAGAUUAG